UAGCGAUCCCGCACUGCACUGGGCAUUCUUUAUCAAUUUCUAGAAGAUCCAUAACAAUGGCGAAGCCUAAAGAUACUGUUUUCGGCAAGAUUCUUCGCGGAGAAAUCCCCGCCAAAUUUCACUACCGGGACUCGGAGGUCGCCUCCUUCGACUCUCUGAGACCGCAGCCUCCAAUUCAUUUUCUUGUUAUCCCCAUCAAGCCAAUUCCAACGAUGACGGAUGCAACGGAUGAGGACGCAGCGGUCCUCGGGCACAUGCUGGUCGUGGCGGCCAAGGUAGCCGCGGAGAAAGGGCUGAAGCCGGAUGGCUACAAAGUGUUCAUCAACAACAGACUACAUGGCGGACAGACAGUCUUUCAUGUGCACGCGCACGUCCUUGACGACUCCUAGAAGAUCGAAUUAUUAUUAUGUCAUGUACAAUCUACAAUGACAUUCACCUGAUCAUAUUAUUGAGGCUAGGCUAGCAAGCGCCUUUGAUUUCGAAUAAAACUUCUUUGAUGACAGUGCGGAUCA